GGCUUCCAGAAGCCGCCGGUGUGGAGCUGUCCCCAAGCACGGUCUGAGCCGAGAUGGAGCCUGCAGGGCACAGGAUGCUGUUGUGAGGGGGCUCUGUCACUAACAGGCCAAACACGUUUAUGUCUUUCCACAAUGUCAGAAUCUGUUGAACGACAAGCCUUCAUCGAAUGGGUUCGCUGAAAGUCGUAAUCCAGGAAAAUACGAGGUCUUUUAUCCAGCCCUAAUUCCUCCUGUCUAACACUCAAGUCCCACAUCACACAAUGGUGUAUACAGGAGAAAGACUGAGGAAGGGUCAAGGCAGUUCAGGCUUACAGGGUGCUGCAUCAUGAGCCCAGGCUGAGACAUGAGUCAAGGCUCAGUCACUGCAGGCAUGUCGGGACCCAGGCCCGUGGUGCUGAGCGGGCCAUCUGGGGCUGGGAAGAGCACCCUGCUGAAGAGGUUGCUCCAGGAGCAUGGCAGCAUCUUUGGCUUCAGUGUGUCCCAUACCACGAGGGACCCGCGGCCCGGUGAGGAGAACGGCAGAGAUUACUACUUUGUGACCAGGGAGGUGAUGCAGCAUGACAUCGCUGCUGGGGACUUCAUUGAACAUGCUGAGUUCUCAGGAAACCUGUAUGGGACAAGCAAGGCGGCCGUACGGGCCGUGCAGGCCAUGAACCGCAUCUGCGUGCUGGACGUGGACCUGCAGGGCGUACGCAACAUCAAGAAGACAGACCUUCACCCCAUCUACAUCUCUGUGCAGCCUCCUUCACUGGAUGUGCUGGAGCAGCGGCUGCGCCAGCGUAACACGGAGACAGAGGAAAGCCUGGAGAAGCGGCUGGCUGCCGCUCGGGCAGACAUGGACAGCAGCAAGGAGCCAGGCCUAUUCGACCUGGUGAUCAUCAAUGAUAACCUGGAUGAAGCCUACGCAGCACUGAAGCAGGCACUGUCUGAGGAAAUCAAGAAAGCUCAGGGGACAAGCCAUUCCUGAGGACCACCUGUCCAACCCACAGGCACUUCCCGUGCCCUGCAUCUGUCUGGGCUGCUGAGGAUCCACACAGCACCCAGGAUGGCUUCCCAACGUGGGAUGGGCACAGUUGCUCCUUGCUGGCCACAUGGCAGCUCUGCACCUCAGCUGGUGUCUGGCAUGUGGGGUGGGAUUGCUGCCCACCUCCCUCCCUCACUGUGGCUGGAGGACUGAGGUGCCCCCCAUCUGCCUUCCCUGAGCUGUCUCUGUCCCUUCCCAUGUCCCUCCCGCUGGAGCGGGACUGACAUCCUAAUAAAGUGACUGUUGG